UUCGUGGAGUUUGGUUUGAUUUGAUACAUCAUACAUCGCCGUCCAUGGCGAACUGCUUCCGGAGGCCGUCGACGACGGUGCCUGCGGCUCCUAGGAGCGACGACGAGAUCCUCCAUCCAGCCAACCUCAGGAGUUUCACCUUUAAGGACCUCAAGAAGGCCACGAGGAACUUCCGGCCGGAUAGCAUGCUCGGUGAGGGCGGCUUCGGAUCAGUGUUCAAAGGGUGGGUUGACGAGGCCUCCUUCGCCCCGGCAAGCCCUGGCACUGGCAUGCCCAUCGCCAUCAAGAAGCUCAACCAGGAAAGCUUCCAGAUCCACAAGGAAUGGCUGGAUGAAGCGAGUCACCUAGGCCGAUUGUCGCACCCCAAUCUGGUAAAGCAGCUAGGGUACUGCCUCGAAGACGAGCAGCACCUGCUCGUCUAUGAGUUCAUGCCACAAGGAAGCUUGGAGAGCCAUCUUUACAGGAGGGCCUCACAUCUCCAGCCACUGUCAUGGGAUUUGAGGAUGAAGGUUGCUCUUGGGGCAGCCAAAGGGCUGGCAUUCCUCCACAGCGACAAGGCCAAUGUCAUCUACGGUGAUUUCAAGACGUCAGACAUUCUUCUUGAUUCGAGCUACAAUGCAAAGCUGUCUGAUUUUGGGAAGCGAAAGGAAGAACCAACCGUUGAUCCGGGCUUUUAUAUUGAUGAAUUGCCAAGCUACUAUGCAAAAAGGCUGUCUGAUCUUGGGUUGUCGACCGAGGACCCGACGGCAGAGAGCAACGUGUACAGUUUCGGGGUGGUGCUGCUGGAGAUACUGGCAGGCAGGCGCCGACUGGACAGGAACCGCCCAUCCGGUGAGCAAGACCUGGUGGAGUGGGCGCGACCGCACCUGAGGAGCAAGCGCCAGAUCUCCCAAAUCCUGGACGCGCGGCUGGGCGGUCAGUACUCCCUCUUCGGCGCACAGAAGGCCGCCGCGCUGGCGCUCAAGUGCCUCUCUUGUAACUUGAGUGUCCGGCCGAGCAUGGAGCAGGUGGUUGCGGCACUGGAGCAGCUCCAGGACACCAAGGAGGCCGCAGUGAGUGAUCAGGGGAAGGCGAAUGGCGGUGGCGCCUGCGGCUUUGUCAGGAAGUUUGGUGGUAGUCGGCAGCUGGAACCGUAGUUGGCGGCGAAGCGGCAGCAUCGGGGGUGUCGCUGCUCAUCCAAUGAUGAAGUGUAAAGAGGGAGGCAGAGACGAUAUUGUCUCUGAAUGUGAAAUUAGUGCUUCUUGCUUUUGCAAAUUCAGGUUUGCCAUGGUUUUGCUUCUUUAUACAGAAGGGAUAUGAUUAGUGAAGUUUUUUGUUUUGAGGACUCUGCCACCUCGCUGAUUGGAAAUGAGCUGAAAAGAACUAGUAAUAUGUAAAAUAAAAUAAAAAUGAAUGAAUCAAUUCAUGGAAUGGGAACUGAA